AUGCAACGUUGGUCGAGUCCUAUUUCUGACCAGUCAUUUACUCUUUAUGCUAAUAAGGAGCAAAUAGCUAGGGUUUUGUGGUGUUUUCAGGAUGUAGCAGAUGACUUCCUUGAAUAUGUCCUCAUAGGUGCCAGAAUGAGUACUUCUUGUCGGUUUCGAGGAACAAAUCCUAAGUUUUAUGUUAUGGUGGAGGAUGAGUUUGUUGAAGAAAAUAAAAAAGGUGAUCUUUCUCGUCCUAUGAAUAAGCAAAACUCUGCUUGGCAGAAUGUCAACAAUGUGGAUGUUGGGAAUCUAGCUGUUGUACGACGUCUGUGUCCAAGGAUGCUUGCUAGAGGAAGUUAUCGUAUGGUAAACCAACAUGUUGAAGUUAUUGAUAUGCUUGAUGAUGGAAAUAUGGAGAAAAGUGUGACCCCUGAUAUUGGCGUUGAUGUGAAUGAUGGUGGCGGGAUCAGAUGGUGGUUCUUAAGUUACUGA